AUGAAUAAAAGCAAACCUGCCUCUCCGGUGUCCUUCGAUAUCGCUAAGCCGUCUGAUAGUGACCUCCUGGUGAUGGCUCAUCUCUAUUAUGAUGGGGCUGAUUGUUACAUAAUUCUGCGCAAACCACGUGACCUGAAUCCGGGUGUAGCAGAAGUUUCUCCGUACUCGGUGGACUUGGGGGUCGGGGCGCUAAUUUCGAAAGUGGGCCACUCCAAAUUAAUUGCCUCUUCUUCGAGUGAUCAUGGGAAUGCAAAGGUCGAGGAGUUGCUUGGCAGCGGUCAGAUUGAUGUGCUUGAGCCGACCUCAAACGAUUCAAUUUCAAUCGGAGCUAAGUUGCUGAAGGUUAAGCGAUCUUUGGUGGGGGAGCAGGUUACUCUCCUUAAUCAUCAAAUUGCUUUCAAGGAAACUAGUGUUCUCGAUACUUGCCACGACGUCGGCGUAUUUGGCGUAUCGACGUCAAGGGCACCAGAGCUUUCUUUGAUCUUCUCCAAGCUCGGGGAGCCUUGA